AUGGCGCAGCCACGACUCGUCUCUCUCGCCUUCUUCGUCGCCGUCCUGAUCUCAGGCGCCCACUCCACCACCUUUAACUUCAAGAACAACUGCCCCGACCCUGUUUGGCCUGCCUCGCUGAACGAUUCCGACAAAGGUGCUCUUUCCCAGACCGGAUUCCAGCUGGACAGUGGCGCCUCGUUUUCGCUGGAUGCGCCACCCGCAUGGGGAGGCCGGCUGUGGGCUCGGCACAAAUGUUCCACCGACUCGUCCGGUAGAUUCUCGUGCCUCUCCGGGGACUGCGGCACUGGGCAUGUGGCGUGCAAUGGGGCUGGAGGAGCGUCGCCGACCACGCUCGUCGAGUUCACCCUGCAGGGCGACGGAGGCAAGGAUUUCUACGACGUGAGCUGCGUCAACGGCUUCAACGUGCCGGUAUCGGUCGUUCCCAGCGGGGGGUCAAACUGCGACAGCACGUCGUGCCGGACGAACAUCAACGCGCGGUGCCCCACGGAGUUGCAGAUGCUGGCGCCGGACGGGAGCUUGGUGGGGUGCAAGAGCGCAUGCUUAGCCUUCGACACGAACGAGUACUGCUGCAUGGGCCAGUACGGUCGCCCGGACACAUGCAAGCCCACCAGCUACUCCAAGAUGUUCGAGGAUGCGUGUCCUCCAGCUUAUAGUUAUGCUUAUGAGGACAAGAGCAGCACCUUCACCUGCGUGGGGGCUAAUUACGAUAUCACCUACUGCCCUUGA